AUGGAAACGUUCGCUUUCGCAUCAGCUGUGCGUGGAUAUCAUGUUUAUAAAGACGUACAGAAACCAUCAAUCGGGGAAAAGCUUGUUGCUAAACGAGAGUUUGACAACCCAAUGGACAAACAUGCCGUGAAAGUAGUGAAGGACGACGAAACUGUCGGCCAUUUGCCUUGCAAAUUCUCUCGAAUAGCGUGGUAUGUUCUUGCACGUAGUGGGGAAAUCAGCGUUGAAGUGAUCGGUCAUAGACGAAAUUCCGUGCCAGUUAGAGUUUAACUGCUCAAACAAAGCGCAGAUGAAACGCUUAAAAGAACUACUGGUGAGCAAGAUUCAGGUAUAGAACCUGAAGAUGCAAACAAACGGCUCCUUUAGGAGCCACCACUUCUACUGAAAGCAAUGAUCAACAACAGGUUUCAAUAUGUUUAAUCUUUAUUUACUGAAGGUUUUCAGUUCAAUUUGUGACCCCUACAAGCCAGUUUACUCCUUUUGAGAGCAAUGGUCUCGUGUACAAACCGCACCCGCGAUUUUUUACUCAAAAUUUCGGCAGAAAGGUGCGGCUUAUACACGAGUUUUUACGGUAUUCCAUUCAGUGACCAAAAUUGAAACACCUUAAAGGAUACAUUGAAGUUAUAUUUCACAUCUUUUCUUGCGUUAUCAAAGAUACUUUUUUGAUUCUAUUUACAUGCAUAUACUUUGCAGCUUUGGGUUUAGUGGCAGAUGUUUAGUUGGGUUUAGUUGACAGAUGUUUAGUUGCAUUUGGUAAUGUAUAUGUGCACAGAAACAGUGUCUCUUUUGAUGACCUCAUUGGCUGUACCAGCAGAGCAAUAGAUUCGAUGUAAUUGCCUUCCAGAUGAUUAAUUCUUUUUGUAUUCAGGCCUCUUCCAAUAUAAACAAGAAGAACUCCUCCAAAUCAAUUACAAUCCUAGAACUGUGAAUCGGGGAAAGCUUGAUCUAUCUUUGUCUCAGCAAUUACAAAAACAUAAAAAAACCCUUGAGUAUCAGUGAUUUCACUUCUAAUAAUUUAAAGCCAGCCACACAAUUCACAUUUAGGUAUGCGAUUCUUAAAUUAUGGGUAUGGUGUUGUAAAAUCGCAUUGAGAUCAGAGACUUGUGCACUUAGAGCAAAAGGAGAUUCCUUCAUAUUACUGAUGUCUGGAGUGUCAACUCAAACCUCUUCAUCGUCAAAAACAUCUCAGAAAGGAAGCUCUUUCCAAAGUUGACAACUAAAGCACAGGUAACCUGGUGAAAAUUGGACAUCAUCAAAGAGUCAGGAUGCCAGAAAGAAAUCAAAACAAUAAAAAUGGAGGAUGAAGAUAACAUCUACUUGCUACAAGGGUCAGCCGUUAAGGUAGUAGAUCCAUUAUACAAUGGAAGUUCACCAUGGUUUAUUCCAAAAUUCAUGUCACUGUUGCUCUCAGUGUCAUAAUUUUCAGGUUCACUCUCUUCAGGUGGAUUCUGGAGCACUCUCUGGGUCUUCAGACUGAUCACUUUCAGACUUACUCACAACUUAAAGUUUCAUGGGGUCUGCAAUCCUCCUUCUGGGGUGUUUCUGGAUUCCAGGGCCAUGACUAUCAUAAAGUGGUUCAUCACUGAUUGAAAGUUUCUUCUUUUGAGGCGUUUUGAUGAGAACAUGAGUGUAUUCCUCUGAAAAGUCAACAUCACUUGAGUGACAUAAUUUAUGUGCAUUUGAUUCCUGUAGCUAUCUUCUUGAACAAACUACAAGACGAGGAAGGCCAGUGAAUAGGACAAAAAUACAAAAUUCAGAGGCUUUCCAUUUUGUGGAGUCACUAAAGCUCCAUGGUUUCCAUGCAAAAUCAUGUGGAACUUUUAUAGAUAUGUAAACUUCCCCCAGUUCUUUGUUAUAGCCUCAAAGACUGUAUUGCUCUCCACUAAACCGGUUGUCCAACCAAAGGUUGAACAACUGUCAUUUCAUUAUUUCCUCACACACUCCAUGUAUCCAAUCAAUUGCAGUAUUAUCUGGCAAACCAACAGGCUUCCCGAAAACAAUUUCUCUUUCGAUGACAAAUAUUGGUGUUGAUGUAUUUUCGCUUACUCUGGCAAAUUCAAAAGUCUCCUCUGCUGUUCGUCUUUCAAUGGUAAAUAUUCAUAUAUGCAUGCUCUCAACUCAUUAACAUAUCUACCUUGAUGUUUGCAUGGACUGCACCCAAAUUUCUUAUUAAUGUACAGUGUAUAGGAGUAGGCUAUGGCUGGUAAAAUGGAAACAACCAAUUAGAUUUAAACAACUGAAAGAACUGGGCAACUAUUAUCAUCAUUAAACUCACAAAAUUCAGAGGCUUCUGUAACUUCACCAAAAAAUCUUUUCACAAACAGUUCAUAUAUGGCUUGUUCUUACCAUACCAAAGACCUGUCAAAAGAAUGUUACAAUAUUUGUAUCUGUCUUGUGGUGGAAGCUCUACUGGAAAGCACACAAAGGCCAAACAUUAAACUUUUCUUGUCCAUUAAAUUGAAAGGAGUCUAUCAUUGGAAAUCUGGUUUUCAGAAAAACCAGCAAAAUUUCAUUUAAAAAAACAAAAAGGCUACUGAUGUUACACACAACAAACCUGCAGUUCAAGCUUGUUUGAAGGGGGUGUAACUUUUGACAUACAAUUUGUUAGUGGGUACUUUAAAAUAUGCCAGCAAGAUGGCUCAAUUAAAUAUACAUUGAUUCUGAUGAAUAAAGCUGGUGAAGUAAAAAAGAACUUAAGUUUAGCAUUCCUGCCUGCUUCCUUUUGGUAUGCCACUUCCUUUUUUGUUUUGUUUUGUUUUGUUUUGUUUUCACCUUUUUUUGUUUUUGCUUUGCAGAUGUGUAUUAAAAGUUGGAAAUAAUAACAAAAUUGUGUCAUUCCCGUUUUGGUUUACUGAAAAUGUUAAGCUAAAAAGUGCAAACUUUUACCUGAAUAGAUAAUCCUUAUGUGAUGUUAACACCUCUGUCUACAUAGGAUUCUUAAUAAGAUCCUUUAGGGUCAUCUUUCUAAGAAUCAUGUUAUAUCCUAGUUAGAUCUCAAAGGAUUUCUUGUAGGAUUCUUAAUAAGAUGUAUAAUGUAGCUACACAAGUUUCCCUUCUGGGAAUACUGUACACUGUGAAAACUGACUUUUUUUUUCAUUCGAUAGGAAACUAAUAGCUACAUUCCAAAUUUUUCCAUUCAAACCGUCAGAAUAAACAGAAUGUUCCUUUUGAACAAUUGGUUGCAAAAAGAACAUGCCUUGCUCAACAUCUUUCACAGUACUUUCAUAGUACUGAAGCAAAGUGUUUAACUUCCUCAUUACCUUUACAAUUACUUGCUAAGAAAGAUUUGUAUGAUUGACUUAAAUCCAGGUUUUCAAUUGUUUGGUGAGGAAUUCCUUGUGUGCCAUUGUACAAAUUUUUAAGAUGUCCAAUGAAAGAUUUAAACACAAAGGCAGGAGUAAAUAAAAGUGGCCCAUUUUCAAGUACCCUGUUCAGCAAGUGAAGCAAUACCUGACUGUUACAAGUGCUCUGUCUUUCAUUUUACAAUCUUGGAAGCAGUGGAACAAAAUUGUCCAGUAAAACUUAUGUGCUUUCCAUUGACACAGGAUAGACAUUUACAGAAUGAAAGUGUCUCAUUGCUGUAAUGAGCAGAGCCAAAUGAAUGAAAUAGUCAGUGGGAAAAUUGCCAGAUUUUACUGCUCUGCAAAGACAAGGUAUACAAGGAAAUAAGAUCUUGUUAGAUCUUAUUAGGAUUUUUACCUAGGUUCCACACCAGGGCAUAUGCAGAAUUUGCAAACUGUUCACUUGAUCGCUGUUGUCAAUCAUUCUUAUACCAUACUAUUUCAUGCAAAGUUCAACAGGAAUUUUUCUUUGGUAGAGUGUUAUCUGCCUUGCUGUGAAAUUUAAUUGUGCGGAAAGGCCACUGACAUCGAUUGUCUUUCGUUUCUCAUCUACCUUGUGUUCUUGACACUUGAGUGAUCUUUUACAGCAUUCCUUCACUCGUUUAGCUCUUAGCAAGCUGCCUCAAGUCUACUCGUAUUCGUGUGGUAGGCUGUUGUGCAACUUGAGCACCUCGGCCAAACUGUGA